AGGGAAUUAUGGGAUAUUGUCCCUCGGCGGCGCGGUGCCGCCAUGUCUCCUGUAGAUAAACGGCGGCUAGCUUUUAUCUCUCUCCUCGCUAUUGUCUUGUUCUUCCUCGUGUUGACUUGUAUACCAACGUAUUUGUACAUACUUUUCUUUUUUGUCCUAAUUUGUGUCGUUUGUUAUUAUAAAGCAGAGGAGUUUCAGCUUUUCGAGAGGUUUGGCCUGAAUCCCCACCGUGGGCUGACGGUUCCUCCCGCGCUGCGGCGCUGGUUACCGGGCAGGACUUUCACAGGUGUCCCGGCGACCCGGCGGAACAAGACUCGUACCGAUAAAGGCGAUGUUAGAAAUUCUUUCGCGUCUCCCAACGACAGGAGUUUUGUCGGUUCCGUUUAUAAGCGAGACGCAACGUUCAGCGACUCUGUCUUCAGUCCUCGGAACAUCCUCAUGGGGAGUUACCUCGGUAAGGCAGAAAGUCCCUCCGGCACAGGGCGGCCCGCGGGAGGCUCGGGCUUCGGCCGCAACCCCAGAGAACAGCUCCGGGAGAGACUGGUCCGACCUAAUCAUGGAGUCUCCACUCCAAACAGAAGAUUGUCUUUUGGUGAUCCGGUGGGUACUGCAGGGAGGUUCACCAUCACCCCUCAGAGACAUUACCCCCUGCAGCAGUUAGGAUCCUCUCCGGUGGGCGUAUUUCCCCCAGCUCAGUGGGACAGCUUCCGCAAGAAGAACAUUCUCACGCAGCGAAAUACACCCAUCCACAGUCCAGUUACAGUGAAGAUCGCAAGACCGGACAACACAACACGCUUAUCGUUUUUUGAUCAGUUGAACACUGCUGGAGCAGUCACAUCCCCUGGAUUUGAAGCCCAAGCUGAUCCCUGUUCCAGAGAGACUGUACUGAGUGUUCUCAGAGCAAGCCGUAAACGCAAUGUUGAUGCUGAUGAUAAUGAAGAUGAUGAGAGAGCCCAGGAAGCUGGGCAAAAGAGCAAAAGGAGGCGGAAUGACAGCAAUGGAAGUUCCCAGUCGGUUUUCGAGCCACUGCUUGCGAACGGUGCUCCAUCCCAGCUUGUACCAAAACCUGGAAGUUUGAAGAGAGGAAUGAAUGCCUCCGUGUUGGAGGAGUCCAUGGUAAAGAGAUCUCGGACCUCUUCCAUUAGUUCAGUUACCGGAUGUCCUGUUUCCUGUGGUGUGCCUGGAUCAGCCCGCAACCCUAUUCGUAGCUCUUACAGUUCUUCACAGGGCUACCCUCAGAAAAGAUUAGCAUCAAAUCUGAGUUCCUCUCCUCUUGUGAGCCCUGGAUCAUCAAAAUCUCAGACUCCUGAGAAGGUGGCCAAAAAGCCCAGGGAAGAAAAUGCCACUUCACCGAAUUCUGAUUCAACUGUUAACUCUGAUAAGCCGGCCACUGAGACUGCCCCUGGCUCUGGUAAAUGUACUCCUAUGCCUGAUCCCCCUGUUACAUCACAGUCGGACUCGGGAGGAAACAGUGGCAAUCGUAAACGUAAAAUCCAGCUGGUGUCCAUGUGCAGAGGCGACCAGAUAUCUUUGCCCCCACCCCCUGAACUGGGCUACACAAUCACUGUGAAGGACCUGGAUAUGGAGAAAAAAGCAGCUCUUACCCAAAUCCAGAAAGGCCUUGAGGAGCCUGAGCCAGAGAAGCCAGUCCAUGCCCCCUUUUCAUCUACUCCUGCUGCUCCCUCUAUAGGCAUGUUUUCCCAGGUAGCUUCAUUUUCCUCAGCUUCAGCUGCCCUUGUAGGGAGUGCUACUUCACUGGCUUCUCUGUCCACCCCAACCACUGGUCUUCCACCUGCUUCCACUGCAGUUUCUACUCUAGCUCCAGUACCAACUAUUGACCUCACAGCUACUCCAUCCAGCACGGUCAGUGCUGCACCAAUCCAGACGACAGUGCUGCCUACACCUGCCAUCAGCACCACUGUAACUACAACAGUGGCUAAUCCAUUACUGGAGUCUCUUAAGAGCAUGAAAAGCAGCUCUCUACUCAGUGUUCCCUCUCCUGUAGCUGCUACCUCUUCAGCUCCAGCAACAUCUGUGGUAGCCCAGGCUCCCUCUUCCAUUACCUCCACUGCUUCAAUCUUUGGGGCUGUGAAAUCUGAGGUCUCCAUUGCCAAUCCGCAGCCCACAGUUUCAACUGCACCUUCCUCAGUGUCCUCUGCCUUUGCCCAGAUUCUGGCUCAGCCUCUGCCAUGUGCAUCCACCACACUCAGCCUUGGAAAAGGCAGCCUCUUUGGCCUCCCUACUUCUGCACCCAUAACCUGUGCACCAACUGCUCCUACAGUUUCUGCACAGCCUGCUAGCAGUACAGCCAAUCCAACACCAUCAGGAUUCAAGACUAUUUUGGGACCAUGCUUUACAACGCCAGCCUCAGCUGCAGAGGUCAAACCUACUCAACCCAAUUUCAAGCCCAUUUUUGGCAGUGUGUUUAAUCAGCCGGCUUCUUCAACAUCCUCUGUACCAACAACUCAGAGCAGCACGUCUCUGUUUGGCAGUGUCACUAACACUCAGUCGGUGUCUUCCUCUCUACCCUCUUCAGUCCCCAAUACACAGAAUCCCAGUCAAUCUUUGUUUGGCAGUCAGACUAACAGCCAGUCAGUGGCUGCUCCAGUCUCCACCACCAGUAUCCAGAAACCUAUUCCAGCUUUGUUUGGUGAACUGACUAACAGUCAAACAAUGGCUGCUUCAGUUUCAUCCUCCUCUAAUACCCAGAAUUCUACUCCACCUCUGUUUGGUGGACUGUCAAAUAGUCAGCCAGUGGCUGCUUCAAUCUCAUCAUCAUCAUCAUCCUCCAAUACACAGAAUCCUGCUCCAUCUCUGUUUUGUGGACUGACCAGCAGCCAGCCUAUGGCUCCUUCAAUCUCAUCAUCCACCAGUACCCAGAAUUCUACUCCAUCUCUGUUUGGUAGUUGGAGUGCUGCAAAGGGCACCUUUCAGUUUGGAGGAUCUUCAUCUACAGCCACUUCCUCUAGAAUUAGCACUAGUACCACAACAACCAACAGCACCAAUACUAUACAGUUUGGUGCUUUAAAACCAGCACCAACUGCUCCUCCUGCCACUCCUCAGAACACAUUCACCUUUGGCCAAAGCCCAGCCACCACCUCCUUUACAGGGUUUAUGGCCAACAAUACUACCCCCAUGACAUCAAAUACCCCAGCGACCCAGGCCACAUUUAGUAGCUCGGUGUUCAGCGCCUCUAAGUGUUUUGCAACCCCUCAAGCUCCAACUUCAGUCAAGCCUUUUACGUUUGGUGCCAGUGUUGGAGGAGCAACUGCAGUCACACCACUCACAUUCGGCACACCCGCUAGCACAGCUGCACCAACGUUUGGAAAUUCUACACAGUCUGCUUUUGGUGGAGCCUCCACUGGUUUUGCCUUUGGGAACACGGGUGCUUUGCCAGUGAGCGCAGCGUCUAUGCCAGCUCCUACUUUCACAUUUGGAGCAGCACCAGUUACACCUCAAAACUCUGCAGCAUCUGGAGGUUUCAAUUUCACGGCAACGCUUUCUGGAGCACAGUUUGGAACAUCUACACCAGCAGGGCAGAGUCAGGGGUUCCCGUUUGGAGCGGGUAACACAGAUAAUAAACCUGCUUUUGGAACCUCCACCCCUGCAUUUGGCAUUGCAAGUGGCCCCAUCCCAUUUGGCAGCCCUGGGACUCCUGUAGGGGGAUUCGGGGCCUCAGCCUUUAGCACUCCUUCUGCCACUUUUUCAAUUGGUGCUGGCUCAAAGCCCAGCAGUUCACGACAAAGACUACAGGCUCGCAGGCAGCACACAAGGAAGAAGUAAUGCUGACCAUAAGGACUUUAUUUGGACACAUGCAACACCCUUUCUGACUGUUGAAGCUGCUGCUAACAGGACUUCAUCAGGAUUCCAGUAGGACCUGGACACAACUGAUGUUUGGGUUGAAGUAUAAUUGGGUACCACAUCCCUUUUUUAGAUCAGGAGCUCUUGGCAUACCAACAUCUCCGUGUGGAAUCAAACUGACGACAAAGUAUAUGGACGGACAGAACUACAUGGCAGAUUAAAAUAUGAUGACAGUUGAAAACCUGGACAUGUGAAGUUCAGGCUAAAAGAAGCUGAAUUUAGGUUUGAGUCUGAUCUUUGCUUUUCAGGAUAUUGUGGGCUGGCAUCUGUGGCUUUUUUUUUUUUUUAAAUAGCUGUUACCUGUUUUUAUGUGAUCAUUCCCAUUACAUUCAACUUCAGUAAUCAGUGUUUUUUAUUUUUUUCAGAUGAAAUACUUUCAACAAAACAUACUUUUGUGUCUCUGCUCCUUGACUGAACUGCUUACUAGGGUUGCCUGAUUCAACUAGGUCUUCAGAAAAUGUGUUUUAAUUGAAAUAUGUCCCUCAUUCAAAUACGUUGAACAGCAAAAUAAAGUUUAGUAUUUUUCAUUGCUUUUAUGGCCUAUCCCUUUAAAACAUUUGCUUGGCUCAUGUUUUUAAGAGCAAAUCAUAUUGGAGUUGGGAUGUUUUCAAACCAAAGCAGAUGAUUCAAUAUAAGCUGUUCUUGGUUUACAACCAUCUGUGUGAUAUUGGCUAUUGGACUACCUCGUCUGUUUACUCCAGUAAAUGUUAUUUACCAAUCCUUUAAUUCUCAAUGUCCUUUUUUUUUUUGGUAAAUGUCCCAUAAGUGUUAGAAUUGUUUCAGUGACUAUAAUUAAGCAUGACCUUUUGAUUUUCUGGAAAACUCGACUUUGUCCCAUUAUCCCAAUUGCUUCUAUGUCCUUUUUAGACCACUCUUGUCCUUGUAUUUUGUCUUUUUCCUUCAGAGCUAAUAUGUCUGUGAAGAUUCUCAGUCAUCCAGGUCGUAGUAAACUGUGGGUGGUAAAAGAGAGCAACUGGACUUGCUUGAAGUCUUCAAGCAAGUCCAGUUGCUCUCUUUUACCACCCACAGUUCUGAGCUAAUACCUCACUAAUAGUCUAUUCAUGGCUGUAUGGUCAUUGUCGGUGGGCUGGGGGUGAUCAUCUUCAAGUCUGCCAUUUUAUUUGUAUUUCAGAGCUUUUUACAUGUUCCAAAAAUCCCUGUCUUGUUCUUUUAACAGGUUUGAAUAUUGGACAUUGCUUCACUUCUGAAUUAUUUUACAAUUUUUUUUUGUGUGCGCGCCUUAGUGUGUCUGACUGCAGGUAAUGUGUUAUGAAUGAUGUCAGACUUGUGUGAAGGCUGUGAAAGCAAUAGAAAGCAACUGAUUGGCUUUAUAUGUAACAUUUUAGGAUUUUUGUGAACACUUAAUUAGUUACUAAUCUCAGGGUUUUGGGCUGUUUUUAAAGUUGGUCUCUGAAUUCCUUCAAAGCUCAGUUCUUUAGUAUGUUUGGAAAAAUGUGUGAUGCAAGUGACGAGUAUGUGAAAGCAUUCAAAUGAAUGCUGUAAUUUAUUUUAAAUACAGAUUUAAUUUCAGACAUGUGUGCAUCCUUUUUAAUGCAUGCACCUUGUUCCAGCUAUGUCAGUAUGCUAUAGCUUGUGCAUGUUUUGUGAAAUAUUACCUUUUUAUGAUUGUUAGGCUUGUGAGUACUACUGCCAUUGCUACAGGAUGGCAGAAAGCUGAAGGCAGAAGGUUCAAUUAAAAGCAUUUUAAGUUUUUUUAUUGCAAAUGUCCAUUGCUAUGAACAUAGUCAAUAGAGCCAAUCAUCUGACCCAUCAGACUUGUUUUAAGAAAAUCUCAGGUGUGUAUUUUCAGGCAUUUAAUUAGAUUAUUCUACAUGCUUUUCAAAGGCAUUUGUUUUGUUUAUGCCCUGAGCACAUCUCAGGAUACACAAUUGGACGCACGUUUUUCCCUUCUCUUGUUCAUACUUGGUAGUAACACAGGUGGUUUUUGUUUUGUUUUUUUAGCAUACAGUUGCAUGGUCACAUCACAUUAGUCUUUGGUAUGGUAUUCUUUCUGUAAGACUGUAAAUAAUUAAAAGGUAUUUAGUGGGAAAACAGCAGGGGACCAGGCUUUACAUUGUUAAGGAGCCCUAUCAAACAAACUGAACAUGGCACAUGAGCAGACUGUUGAGCAAAUGAAUAUACUGAGAGCUGGAUUUCUCACUAUGUAUAUAUGUGAUUUGUGUGUUUUCAAACUGUUGCGUGUGGGGGUAUGUAAAGUUAAUGCCUGUAAAAGUGUGCGUGAAGGUGUGCAACUGACUUUGAGCAGCAUUUUAAAAUAAAUCUGUCUGUUCUGGUGGUAUAUGCUGGUUUUCAAUAAAAAGGUAACGAGGAUGCAGUAUUGACUUGGCCCAUUUGCCCAAGGCCCAUGAGGCAGACUCCUUAGCUUAUGUAUGAAAUGAGGGUUUUUGUUUUUUUUUAAUAAAGACUCAAGAUUUGGAAUAAAGUUUUUGGUUUGAUAACGAUCAA